UAAAUUUUUAAUGUCACCUUCUCGAGAAUCCACGCUGAUAGAUGCCCAGUGAAAGGUCACAACCCGGAAAUGGUGCAAUCCGCGAUGCCGCCCUACCAAUGACAAUCUGGAUCCAGCUGUCUUACCUAAAGUCCAACAACCUAUCUUGCUUGUGAACAGGUUGUUCACACAUAUUCUCGUCCAUCUCAUCAUGAGCAACUACAACCAAUCACAGCUCCAUGCCUACUUCGAGCGCAUCCAUUUUUCGCCAGACCGGUUCCCGCCACACUCACUGUCCUAUCUUACCGCCUUGCUUCGACAUCAGCUCGUACACGUACCUUUCGAGACACUGGAACUUCAUUAUUCCGUAGAUCGUAAAAUCUCACUGGACCCAGAAGUCCUGUUCGACAAGACUGUAACUCGCGGCCGCGGCGGCUAUUGCUUGGAGAACAAUGCAUUCUUCGGCAUCAUCUUGCGCUCUCUGGGGUUUAAUGCAUACGGUGUAGUUUGCCGUAUCACCACCGCCACAGUCGGGUUGACAGAUGGUGGGUGGAGGCCUAUGAGCCACAUGGCCAACAUCGUAUUCGUCGAAGGCAGCAAGUAUCUGAUAGACGUCGGUUUUGGUGCCGAUGGCCCUACAACUCCGCUACUUCUUCAGCAUGAUAACAUUGUGGACGGGCUCCGCGGCCAAGACCUCCGGCUUGAGUUGAAAACACUGCCCCAGCACACUGAUCCGAGCCAGAAAGUAUGGGUCUACUUCUUCCGUUGUGGUAACGAUGAUUGGAAGGAAAUCUAUCAUUUCUCGGACAGUGAAUUCUUUCUGGCUGAUUUUCACGUUCUCAACCAUUACAACAUGACCAUUGGUCGCUUCACCAAACUCGUUGUAGCACAGCGCUUCGAAAGUGCCAAAGAUCUGGGAGCAGCACACCGUCUCUCGGGAAGUGUGCUGCUGAGUCAAAAUCGUGUGGAACGGCGGGUACCGGGGCGCCCUGCUUCGGUCCUGGAACACUUCUCUUCCGAAGUUGAACGCUGUGCUGCUUUCUCCGAAUACUUCGCGUUGGCAUUGACACAGGAAGAGGAGCACGCUAUUAUUGGGACUGACUCUGAGUUGGAGCCUGCAAAGUAAGGUGCCAUAGUUGUCAGUAGGAGCUGUUGGUCGGAGAAAGUCUCGCCUAUCGUUCCAUCACUGGCCAGAAGCGAGGCAAGUUCGGCAUCUCAAGACGUGCCCAGCAAGCUGAUAUUUCGGUAAGAUCCACCGCACUUGCAAUCCCUUCUCACCACAUCGCUUCGACAUUUUCUCGCAUCCGCGCCCGGUGAGACGCUUGGCUUUGGUACUUUU